UAUGAACACAGAAAAUAUUUAUUCAUGUCAACAUUCUCAUUUUACGAAAAUGGUCAUAAAUGCGUAGAUAUACUACAUGCUGUGACAUGGAUGUUCGUCAGGGUUAAGUUGUAAAAUAUUGUUAGAUUUAGCAAAUAUGAAAUAUGUUAAAUAUAAUACAUGAAAUAGACUUUAUUGGUUGCUGGAUCUACCCACCAUUAGUUUCCCCAAAACCAGGCUUGGCAUUAGAGCAAGGUGUGGCCACAGCUCCAACUCCUCAGCGGCUGGGCUACCUAUGACAACUGAUCUAUUAUCCGUGAGGUCAAUGUAAGGAUUGUCUCACGGUAAGGGGCUUUUCUGAUAGUUCAGUAAACAAAAUGUUUACAAUGAAACUCAUUUCAGCUCAUCUGAAAGUACAUUCCCCCCCCCCACAUUCACACCAUCAACCGAAAAUGCCAUAGAUCAUCAUUUGACAUCAACUAAUCUCAAACGAGAGUUCCAGCCUUGAGAAGAACUUCAUUUGACACUGCAGUGGGGAUCUCGAGAUCAGGACAUCCUUUUCCUUCGCCAAGGCCGUAAGGCUCCUAAUGGGAGACAGGCUGUGCGUAAACGGUGGGGCAUGAUAUAAGGCCCCGGGAGGCUCCCACAACCAACAACACAUCGCAGCCCUCCUCCGCUCGUUGCAAAACAACUCAUCCUGCAGUUCGGUUGUGUCAUCGGCUUGGAGCAAACCACCGUCAACGCCAUGGACGCUAAGUGUCUGCUGUCACUCGUGGUCGUCGUCGGGCUCGGGAUGCAUGCAACCCAGGGGCAGGACGCCAGGGUGAAGCUGUGUGGCAGAGAGUUCAUCCGUAUGGUGGUCACAUCCUGUGGGAGCUCACGACUGAAGCGCUCAACUCCAGAUCUCGGACAGCACCGGACAAUUCUAGACUGGCUGAACAGCGACCAGUUUGCCAACAUGAAGACCUCAGAGACAGAAGUCGUCAGAGACGUGGCAACACCGAGAGACCACCAGGACACCACCGGCGGUCUGAAUGGAGACCAGCUGACCCACCUAGGGUUUCCCAGCAUGCCUCAACAGUUACAGGGGGAUGUGGAGUCUUCCACCAUCCCCCUUGUGUACACCGUGCCCUCUCGUACCCGUCGAGACGCGGGGCCUGCCGGGGUGUGCUGCAGGUCCGGCUGCACCUUGAGCGAGCUGGUCCAGUACUGCUGAGCUGAAGCUAAGGCUAAACUAAUGCUAGGCCAGAGACACAUUUCACAAGGGACCGUCAGAUGAGGGAUUGGUCAGCUACUGGAAUGGUCAGCUACUGGCAGCGUUUGUUUGGAUGUUUGAGGUUUGCAAUUGCCGAUCCUUUAUGUUAGUACUCAAAUGUCCAUGUCGUUUUCUUGACAUCAUGAAUCGUGAAUUUAGUUGUCAGGGUAAUGUUGUUGAAUGACUUGUGUAUCUACAAAAUCGAGUGUUGUCAAAAUUACUUUUAUUUAUAAUUAUAAUUUAUAUAUCGUAUAAUCAUAUUAUACUUGAUUCGCACUUGCACUUGCACAAUGAAGGACAACAAAGAAUUGCAUAGUUGUCAAGAACUCUUUCUGUUCAUCUUAAUCACAUUAUAAUAAAGCUUUUGAAGAUCCUU